UAGUUGCAAACAUUUUAAGUCUACAACCAUGUCGGUUGAACAAAUUUGUAUAGUUUUGAUUGGGCUUAUAACCUGUGUUUCAGCUUUGGAUUACGUUUUUACGUUGCAAGAAGAAGGAGCAACUCCUUGCCCUGAUAGUGAGGAUAUAUUCAUCGAUGCUUAUUUCGAUCUUUCAAACAUCGAAUGGAUGCAAAUUGAUGACGAGACAAUUAUGAUAAGGGGGUAUGUAAUAUUUUUGCAGAAAGUUGACCCCAGUUUGCACUUUCAUAUGCAAGUACAAAAACUAAGCAGUGGUCGUUGGAUUGAAACUGCUUUUCAAAUCGAUCGUCCAGAUGUGUGCAUGACUUUGUUUGACAAAUACGAAAUUUGGUACGAUUUUAUCAAGGAACUAGAAGCCAAUUCUAAUUUAUGCCCACCGAAGCCAGGAACUAAAUAUGAAUUUCAUGAUAAGAAGCUUUCUACGGUUGUAAGGGAUCUGACCCCUGGCAUGGAAGGUACCUAUCGGUCGUUAUUGAAAGUAUUUGUUGCGGAGAAAAAAGUCUUUUGUAUGAUUGUCGAGGGAGAUUUGGUGCGAAAAUUUGGAAACGAUAAAGUGAUCUAGCAAUUCAAAAGAUACAAAAUUAUUGUAUAAAUUGUUAUGUUUGUAUAUGAUACACUAAGCUAUUAAACAAUUAUAAUUACGAGCGUCAAAUAUAUACAAUUUUAUUGCAUUGUUUUCCAUAUUAUAAUUUGAAAAUAAAUAAAAAAAUAUAAAAUAUA